CCACUUGACUUUUCAUCGCUUUCACAUUUUCCACGAAAUUGCUCAUGUAUCCAAGCAGCAUAUACAUUUACCAAACCCUCAUAGAAAGUGAAGAGCAUUCAAGUGUUCCCAAUGGCUUUCACGAGCUCACACAAUGUGUGUUUGUCUUCUAACCCUAUCCCUAGAUGGAAUUACGAUGUAUUCCUGAGCUUCAGAGGUGAAGAUACUCGCAAGAACUUUGUAGACCACCUGUUCGCUGCUUUGUCUCAGAGAGGAAUCGACACCUUCAAAGACGACGAACAACUCAGAAGAGGAGAGGAAAUUUCACCAGCGCUACUGAAAGCGAUCGAAGAUUCUAGAUUCGCUCUCAUAGUUUUCUCCAAACACUAUGCUUCCUCCAGGUGGUGUUUGGAUGAACUCGUCAAAAUUGUUGAAUGCAAGAAGACGAUGGGUCAAACAGUAGUACCAGUGUUCUAUGAUGUGGAUCCUUCGGAAGUAAGGAAACAAACAGGGAUUUUUGGAUCAGCCUUUGAGAUUCAUGAGAAAGAUUUCGGUGGGAACAUGGAGAAAGUGCAGAGGUGGAAGACUGCCCUGGUGGAAGCAGCAAAUAUAAGCGGAUACAGUGUUCCGGAUACAGCGAUCGGGCAUGAGUCAAAAUGUAUCGUACAAAUAGUUGAAGAGAUUUUCAAUAUACUGAAUAAUACUUGUCCACAUGUUGCCCAAGAUCUAGUUGGAACAGAGUCUCGUGUGGAGAAACUGGAAUCAUUGUUGUGUGAAAGGUUGGAUGAGGUUCGUUUUAUAGGAAUAUGGGGAAUGGGGGGAAUAGGAAAAACUACUGCUGCCAAAGCUGUUUAUGACCGGAUCUAUCAUCAGUUUGAGGGUAGCUGCUUUCUCACAAAUGUAAGAGAAGUCUCAGAAAGACAAGGUCUGGAAGCUUUACAAAAACAACUCCUAUCUGAAAUCCUUAUAGGGAGUAAUAUAAAGAUAACAGACACUGUUAGAGGAGCAAACAUAAUAAAAUCCAGACUAAGUUUUAAAAGGGUUCUUAUCGUUCUUGAUGAUGUGGAUAAACAGAAGCAACUAGAUGCAAUAGCUGGAGAGCAUGGUUGGUUUGGCGUUGGGAGUAGAAUCAUCAUAACGACAAGAGAUAAACAUUUGCUAACUGCUCAUGGUGUGAAUGAAUGUCACACAGUUGGGGAGUUGAAUAAAGAUGAAGCUAUCCAGCUCCUUUCUUGGAAAGCCUUCAAACAAAGUUUUCCUUCUGAAGGUUAUUUGGAGCUGUCAAACCGGAUAGUAGAUUAUGCCGGUGGUCUUCCAUUAGCUCUUAAAAUUUUGGGUUCUUUUUUAUAUGGUAGAACAACGGAUGAAUGGAAAAGUGCAUUGAUUAAGCUGCACAGAAUUCCUAACAAAGACAUUCUUCAAGUGCUUAAAAUCAGUUUCGAUGGACUGGAUGAAAUGGAGAAAGAAAUUUUCCUUGACAUUGCAUGUUUCUUCAAAGGGAAACACCAGUGUUUUGUAACAAGAAUACUCGACAGUUGCGGCUUCUGCCCUGGGAUUAGAAUACCUGUUCUUAUUGAAAAGUCUCUCAUAACUAUUUCAAAAGAUCAGUUUUGGAUGCAUGAUUUGAUACAAGAAAUGGGUUGCUAUAUUGUUCGUCAAGAAUCUCAAGAGUCUAGAAAAUGUAGCAGAUUGUGGCUUCAAGAGGAUGUUUGUUAUGUGUUGACAGAAAAUACGGGGACAGAAAAAAUUGAAGCCAUAUGCUUGGAACUGCCUGAACCAAAAGUUUUUGACCUUAAUUCUGAAGCCUUCACAAAGAUGAAGAAACUAAGGCUGUUCAAAGUCCACAAUGUGGUGUUCAGUAAAGGCCCUGCAUAUCUUCCAAAUGAGUUGCGGUUGCUUGAUUGGCAUGCAUACCCUUCAGACUGUCUGCCAGCAAGUUUUCAGGCAGAGAAUCUUGUUGAACUGAGGAUGUGUUAUAGCAGCAUUAAACAACUUUGGAAGAAAAUAAAGCAGCCUAUGGCCAAGUUGAAAGUCAUCAAUCUUAGUCACUCCCAUAGGCUAUCCAGGACCCCGGACUUCACAGUUAUUCCGAAUCUGGAAACACUAAUUCUUGAGGAUUGUACGAGUUUGGUAGAGGUUCACCCAUCCGUUGGAGUUCUCGAUAGGCUUGUUGUUCUAAGUUUGAAAAACUGCAAAAAUCUGAAGAGAUUUCCAAAUGGUAUUCACUUGAAAUCUCUUGAGACUUUAAUUCUAUCAGGCUGCUUGAAAUUAGAAAAGUGUCCCGAAAUCUUGGGGGAUAUGGUAUGUUUAUCAGAACUUUAUUUGGGUAGAACUUCCAUAAAAGAACUGCCAUCAUCAAUUGAACGUCUCACUAGCCUUACUUUGAUGGAUUUGAGCGAAUGCAACAAUCUUUCAACUCUUCCAUUAACCAUUCGUAGGUUGAGAUGUCUAAAAACUCUCAUCCUCUCUGGAUGUUCAAAACUAGAAAAGUUUCUGGAAAUAUUGGUGAAUAUGGAAUGUCUAUCAGAACUUUAUUUGGAUAGGACAACCAUAAAAGAACUGCCCUCUUCAAUUGAACAACUCACUAGCCUUACUUUGAUGGAUUUGAGUGAAUGCAAAUACCUUACGAGUCUUCCAGGAACCAUUUGUAGGUUGAGUUGUCUAAAAACACUGUGUGUGUCUGGCUGCUCAAAACUUGGGGAAUUGCCAGAGGACCUGGGAAAUAUAAAAUGUUUGGAGGAGCUUCGUGCAAAUAAUACUGCUAUCAAACGACUACCAUCCUCCAUUAAUCAUUUGGAAGGACUCAAAGUCUUAUCCCUUGGCGGAUGCAAGGGUACAGUAUCAUUUUUUUCAUCUUGGUUUUUACCAAGGAAAUGUGAAGAUUCUGUGUGUUUGGUGCUUCCUUCGUUAGCAGGUUUGAAUUCCUUAACAGAACUUGAUCUUAGUGAUUGCAAUUUGUCUGAAGGAGGGAUCCCCAGUGACCUUGGCAGCUUAUCCUCUUUGAAAGAGUUGAAUUUAAGCAGAAACAGUUUUGUUAGUUUACCUGCAACCAUCUCCCAUCUUUCUCAACUUGAAUCCCUUGAGUUAGUUGGGUGCAAGAGGCUAGAAGCAUUACCAGAGCUUCCAUCUUCUAUUAUUAAAUUAAUUGCAGAUGAUUGCCCAUCAUUAAUAAGCUCCAGAGAUCUGUUUUCAAAUAAUACAAUACCGUUUGCCACAUUCUCUAAUUGCUUUAAAUGGAGUGAAAAUGUGGUUGAUAUGUUGCUGAGAUUUCUGUUUCAGAGGCAGCAUGUUGUAUAUGAUAUUUUUACUAUUACUUUACCCGGAAGAGAGAUUCCCGAAUGGUUCAGCCAACAGAAUUUGGGCACUUCAACAUAUCUGCAACUGCCUCCAGAUUGGUGUGAGGAGAGAGAUAUGGGGAUUGCUGUGUGUGGUGUUUAUGACUUCGCAACUCCAAACCAACGUUUGAAAAUGUGUUUCCAUUUGGUAGACCAUAAUGAUAAACAAUAUAGUCAAGUCCAGGGUUACUUUUGGAUUCCCACAAGUACGAACCUUGGCUCCAAACAUAUCGUGCUGUGGUAUAUUCCAACUCAGUGGAUGAUGCAUUGGAAUAAAAACAAACGGCGCCAACUUGGGGCUUCCUUUGAAUUUGUUGACACGAAAAAUGGUUCAAGGAGGUUGCCUGCGAGGAAGUGGGGAGCCCGUAUAGUGUGUGAGAAAGAUGUGAAAAAUUGGAAGGAUGGGUAUGGGAAUUUGGGAAUCAUGGACGGGUCAGACGAAGCAGUAGCAGUGGAAGACAAAAAUAUUAGUGUCAAGAGAAAGCGUGACGAUUCUGAUGAGCAAAGCCCCUGCACUAAGAGAGAGCAUGUAUUAUAUAUCUCACGCACAAUAUAUACAGAAAGUGAAGUUCGAAGUGUUCCUUCUACCCUUCAAAUCCUUCACACAAUCCACAAGUUUGUUUGGUACCCAAUGGCUUCCACCAGCACACACACAGUGUCUUCCUCUUCAAACCCUAACCCUAAAUGGAAUUACGAGCUAUUCUUGAGCUUCAGAGGUGAAGACACUCGCAAGAACUUUGUAGACCAUCUGUUCACUGCUUUGUCUCAGAAAGGAAUCUACACCUUCAAAGACGACGAGCAACUCAAGAGAGGAGAAGAAAUUUCACCAGCACUACUCAAAGCGAUCGAAGAAUCUAGAUUCGCUCUCAUUGUUUUCUCCAGAAACUAUGCUUCCUCCAAGUGGUGUUUGGAUGAACUCGUGAAAAUCGUUGAGUGCAAGAAGACGAUGGGGCAAACAGUGGUACCAGUGUUCUACGAUGUGGAUCCUUCGGAAGUGAGGAAACAAACAGGGAGCUUUGGAUCAGCCUUUAAAAUUCAUGAGAGAGUUUUCAGUGGGAACAUGGAGAAAGUGCAGAGAUGGAAGAGUGCUCUGGUGGAUGCAGCAAAUAUAAGCGGAUAUAGUGUUCGGGAUACAGCAAACGGGCAUGAGUCAAAGUGUAUCGUACAAAUAGUUGAAGAGAUUUUCAAUGAACUGAAUAAUACAACUCCACUAGUUGCCCAAGAUCUGGUUGGAACAGAGUCUCGUGUGGAGAAAAUGGAAUCAUUGUUGCGUGAAGGGUUGGAUGAGGUUCGUUUUAUAGGAAUAUGGGGAAUGGGGGGAAUAGGAAAGACGACUAUUGCAAAAGCUGUUUAUGAUCGGAUCUAUCGUCAGUUUGAAGGUAGCUGCUUUCUCUCAAAUGUUGGAGAAUUCUCAGAAAAAAAAGGUCUGGAAGCUUUACAAAAACGACUCCUUUCUGAAAUCCUUAUAGGGAGUAAUAUAAAUAUAACUGAUACGGUGAGAGGAGCCAACAUAAUAAUAUCCAGACUACGUUUUAAAAGGGUUCUUGUCGUUCUUGAUGAUGUGGAUAAACGGGAGCAACUAAAUGCAGUAGCUGGAGAGCAUGGUUGGUUUGGCGUUGGGAGUAGAAUCAUCAUAACAACAAGAGAUAAACAUUUGCUAUCUACUCAUGGAGUGAAUGAAUGUCACAUAGUUGGGGCAUUGAAUAAAGAUGAAGCUAUGCAGCUCCUUUCUUGGAAAGCAUUCAAACAGAGUUUUCCUUCAAAAGGUUUUAUGGAGCUCUCAAACCAGAUAGUAGAUUAUGCCGGUGGCCUUCCAUUAGCUCUUACAGUUUUGGGUUCUUUUCUAAAUGGUAGAACAACGGAUGAAUGGAAAAGCACAUUAAUUAAGCUACACAAAAUUUCUAACAAUGAAAUUCUUCAAGUGCUUAAAAUCAGUUUCGACGGACUGGAUGAAUUGGAGAAGGAAAUUUUCCUUGAUAUUGCCUGUUUCUUCAAAGGUAAACACAAGUGUUAUGUAACAAGAAUACUCGACAGUUGCGGCUUCUGCCCAGGGAUUGGAAUACCUGUUCUUGUUGAAAAGUCUCUCAUAACUAUUACAAACGAUCAGUUUUGGAUGCAUGAUUUGAUACAAGAAAUGGGUUGGUAUAUUGUUCGUCAAGAAUCUCAAUUGUCUUGGAAACGUAGCAGGUUGUGGCUUCGAGAGGAUGUUUAUUCUGUGUUGACAGAAAAUAUGGGGACAGAAAAAGUUGAAGCCAUAGGCUUGGAACUGCCUAAACCAGAAGUUUUAGACCUUAAUUCUGAAGCCUUCACAAAGAUGAAGAAACUAAGGGUGUUCAAAGUCCACAAUGUGGUGUUCAGUAAAGGUCCUGCACAUCUUCCAAAUGAGUUGCGGUUGCUUGAUUGGCAUGCAUACCCUUCAGGCUUUCUGCCAGCAAGUUUUCAGGCCGAGAAUCUUGUUGAACUGAGCAUGUGUUAUAGCAGCAUUAAACAACUUUGGAAGAAAACAAAGCCUCUGACCAAGUUGAAAGUCAUCAACCUUAGUCACUCCCAUAGGCUAUCCAGGACCCCGGACUUUACAGUUAUUCCAGAUUUGGAGACACUGAUUCUUGAGGAUUGUACGAGUUUGGUAGAGGUUCACCCAUCCAUUGGACAUCUCAAAAGGCUUGUUUUUCUAAGUUUGAAAGACUGCAAAAAUCUGAAGAGAUUUCCGAAUGGUAUUCACUUGGAAUCUCUUGAGAAAUUGAUUCUAUCAGGCUGCUUGAAAUUAGAAAAGUGUCCAGAAAUCUUGGGGGAUAUGGUAUGUUUAACAGAACUUUACUUGGAUAGAACUGCCAUAAAAGAACUGCCCUUGUCAAUUGAACAUCUCACUGGCCUUACUUUGAUGGAUUUGAGUGAAUGCAAAUACCUUAUGAGUCUUCCAAGAACCAUUUGUAGGUUGAGCUGUCUAAAAACUCUCUCUCUCUCUGGCUGCUCAAAACUUGAGGAAUUACCAGACAACCUGGGAAAUAUAAAAUAUUUAGAGGAGCUUCAUGCAAAUAAAACUGCUAUCAAACAACUACCAUCCUCCAUUAAUCUUUUGGAAGACCUCAAAGUCUUAUCCCUCAGUGGAUGCAGGCAAACAAUAUCUGAGUCAUUUUUUUCAUCUUGGUUUUUGCCAAGGAAAUGUGAAGAUUCUCUGUGUUUGGUGCUUCCUUCUUUAACAGGUUUGAAUUCCUUAACAAAACUUGAUGUUAGUGAUUGCAAUCUGUCUCAAGGAAGCAUCCCCAGUGACCUUGGCAGCUUAUCCUCUUUGAAAGAGUUGAAUUUAAGCAGAAACAAUUUUGUUAGUUUACCUGCAACCAUCUCCGAGCUUUCUCAACUUAAAACCCUUGAGUUAGUUGGCUGCAAGAGGCUGGAAGCAUUACCCGAGAUUCCAUCAUGUAUUGCUACAUUAUUUGCAGAUGAUUGCCAAUCAUUAAUAAGCGUUGGAAAUCUGUCGACAAAUAAUAGAUCACUGUAUUCGGUCACAUUCUCUAAUUGCUUGAAGCUGUUAGAGAAUAAAUUGAGUGAAAAUGUUUGGGAUAUGCUGUUGAGAUUUAUGUUUCAGAGGCUGUGUGUCGUAAAUUCUGAAUUUAGUAUAUUUUUACCCGGAAGAGAGAUUCCGGAGUUGUUCAGCCAUCAGAAUUUGGGCACGUCAUCAUAUCUGCAACUGCCACCAGGUUGGUGUAGCGAGAGAUGUAUGGGGAUUGCGGUGUGUGCUGUUGGUGACUUUGCAACUGUAAACUUAGCUACGGAUAUGCCAGAGAUGGUUUUGUGUUUCACAGACCGUUAUAAUAAACAAAGUACUAUUGGGUCGGGUUGGUUUUGGAUUCCCACUGGUACGAACCUUGAUUCCGAACACAUGUUGCUGAACUAUCUUCCAAAUCAUUUGCUUCGGAGUGAGAGUGGAGGUUGGAAUCCAAACAAAUGGCGCCAACUUGAGGUUUACUUUGAAUUUGGUGAUCAGAGGUUGCUGGCGAAGAAGUGGGGAGUUCAUGUAGUGUGCGAAAAAGAUGUGAAAAAAUGGAAGGAUGGGUGUGGGAAUUUGGGAAUCCUUGACGGGUCAAAUGAAGCAGUAGCAGUGGAGGACAAAAAUAAUACUCUCAAGAGAAAGCGUGAUGACUCCGAUGAUCAAAUCCUCCGAGCUAAGAGUUAUUUUGGACAAUAUUCACAUUCAUGAUAAAUCAAAGUUACUUUGAUAUUGCAUCAUAUUGUAUUGUUUACCUCGCAUGUUGUGGUUAAUGUCACAUGAUGCAUGGAAGAAUUUUUUUGUUUUUUUUGACAACUCUUUCUGUAUCUCAUUGCGCUCUUUGUUUGUAUUCCAAUUGGCCAUGUUUAGUUGCAAUGCCAAAGUUGCCCAGUUUA